GAUGUCGAUCUGAAGGGUUUGCUCACCUACUUUGGUUUUCCGACACCAACGAGAACCGUAAUGUCCCAAGUUGCCCGCAUCCUCCUUGUAUCGGAUGUACACUCAAAGGUCGAUAAUGUUCAUCGCCUGGCAAUGUGCCUGCAGCGACGGAAUGUGAAGCCAGAUUUGAUUGUACUCUGUGGAGAUUUGGUAAACAGCAAUCAUGACUACGAUUCUUUCUCAUUAUCGUCGGGGAUCUCUACGAGUCGAAAGGAUGCCAGCUCGAACCCGACUAUUAGUAGCCCGUUCCAGGAGGCCGCCGAUACCUUGGCACGAAUGCGCCGACAGCAAGAAGAAACAGAGUUCCGAGCUAUACUUCACGGCUUGGGAGGAGUAUCCAAGAAUAUCUUUUACAUACCUGGCAAUCACGAUCCAUCCGAAGCGUUCCCCGACAUGCACCCCACCACUUCGGUUACAGCAGACGAAACCGAGACUUCAGCUGCAGCCCGUCCGUUGUGGUAUCGCAUGCAAGUGGCCACGGGUGCUAUCAAUUUCCAUCAGCGCCUAGUACGCUUGGCACCAAAUCUAAUACUGGCUGGCUUUGGUGGAUCGGUUCCCCAAACAUUACGAGGACACCAAAAGAUUGUCCACGCUGGAUAUCCAUACACUGAAAAACAGAUGAGACAAGGGGUGCAUGCUUUGCUAAAACAAAAGCGACCCAUGCUGCCAAAUGUUCAAGAUGUCAUCAAAAGUGGCUAUGAUAGAUCAAAAGCGAUUCCACCCAAUAAUGAUCCUGAUGUUCACAUUUUGGUGACACACUGUGGGCCAGCCAGCACUGGGACCACCGAUAUAAACAAAACUCCGUUUGAUGAGAAAACAACUCGAUUGGAGUCCGGUAGUCGUGAACUGCAAGAGCUGCUGUCAUCUCGAUUCUAUCAGGGUGUCGAAGAAGUUCCUGUUAUACCUAAAUCCCCAUCUCUGGCUGCCCGUCCAGCUCCUCCCAGUACGCCUUCAAAAGUGUCGCCAAAUCUACUUUUCCACGUACAUGGGCAUUCGCACUCUGCGUGGGGCGUCUCGCACCUCGGAAAAAUACCAGUCAUAAAUCCUGGUCCGCUUCGGGACGGAAGAUUUGCAAUCGCCACUAUUGAGCAUGGUCUAGGAUUAGGGUUGGUAAGGCGGUGGAUAUUAUCUUCACUAGAGUUCGCUACUGUAUAGAUAGUAGACAUUACAAUUUGCUGUUACGUAGAUCGGUACAGAUGCGCAUCAACCCAUGUUAAUACUGUAUAUAAAUUCUCAUGCCACUCUAACCACAA